AUCGAAACUGGUGGAGCAUCAAUAAUUGCCACUAAUGUCUCCUCUGCCGUAUUGAAUUGAAGCCAUAGCAGGCCAAGCAAACCCAAAAAAACAAAUGGCUAGUUUUAUUCUUCACGUUCCCAACACGUUGAGAAACCCUAGGGUUUCUGCUUCAUCUUUCUCCAAUGGGUCCGUUCCAAGUAACAAUAAUCAAGCAUCUGUAACAGGGAAAGGAGGUCCGAUUAUUAUUGAACUUCCCCUAAAUCAAAUUCGGAGACCGUUGAUGCGUACGAGAUCCAAUGAUCCACAGAAGGUGCAGGAACUCAUGGAUAGUAUUGCCCAAAUUGGUCUUCAAGUUCCUAUUGAUGUGCUUGAGGUCGAUGGAGCCUACUAUGGUUUUUCCGGAUGUCAUCGUUUUGAGGCUCAUCAGCGCUUAGGCCUUCCAACCAUCCGUUGCAAGAUACGCCGUGGAACUAAAGAAACAUUAAGGCAUCACCUUCGUUGAGCCGAGCAUGGUUAAGACGGUGGUUUUCUGUAAUGGAGAAAUUCUUAUCGGUUAUAUGCUAGUGACGAUGAUGCUCCAUCUUAUCAGGUAACACUUGGUGUACCAUGUAUAUCUGUAAAAGCAAUAUCAAUUGUAGGUACAUAAGAAAACAUGAACAUGUACAUAUAGUUAUAUAUAAUUGUUGAUGAUAUUAUUUUGAAUAGUUAA